GGUUUAAAACCUCAGCACUACCUGCUGUUUGCGCUGUUUGCAAAUCUCCCUGCGGCUGAGCCGUACUGUAGAGAAGGCCCGCGCUACCGAGCCAGCAUGUCAACUCUCGUCCUGGAGACCGGAGCCUUGGGCAGGAAACUCAGCGACUUUGGACAGGAAACGAGCUAUAUUGAAGGCAACUCCGAUCAAAAUGCUGUAUCACUGAUCUUCUCACUCAAAGAAGAAGUUGGUGCACUGGCCAAAGUUUUACGUUUAUUUGAGGAGAAUGAUAUAAACCUGACCCACAUUGAAUCAAGACCUUCACGUUUAAAGAAAGACGAGUAUGAAUUUUUCACCAAUCUGGAUCAGCGCAGCGUGCCUGCCCUGGCAAACAUCAUCAAGAUCUUGAGACAUGAUAUUGGUGCCACUGUGCAUGAGCUUUCCCGGGAUAAGAAGAAAGACACAGUGCCCUGGUUUCCAAGAACCAUUCAGGAACUCGACAACUUUGCCAAUCAGAUUCUCAGCUACGGAGCCGAACUGGACGCAGAUCACCCGGGAUUUAAAGAUCCUGUAUACCGAGCAAGACGGAAGCAAUUCGCUGACAUUGCCUACAACUAUAGACACGGGCAGCCCAUUCCUCAAGUGGAAUACACGGAGGAAGAAAAGAAAACAUGGGGGACGGUGUUCAGGACCCUGAAGUCCUUGUAUAAGACCCAUGCUUGCUAUGAGCACAACCACAUUUUCCCCCUUCUGGAAAAGUAUUGUGGCUUCCGCGAAGAUAACAUUCCCCAGCUCGAAGAGGUUUCUCAGUUUUUGCAGAGUUGCACUGGUUUCCGCCUCCGACCAGUGGCUGGCCUGCUUUCUUCUCGGGAUUUCUUGGGGGGCCUCGCUUUCCGAGUCUUCCACUGCACUCAGUACAUCAGACAUGGGUCUAAGCCCAUGUAUACACCAGAACCUGACAUAUGCCAUGAGCUCUUGGGACAUGUACCUUUGUUUUCGGAUCGCAGCUUUGCCCAGUUUUCCCAGGAAAUUGGCCUCGCCUCCCUGGGUGCCCCUGAUGAGUACGUUGAGAAACUUGCGACAAUUUACUGGUUUACUGUGGAGUUCGGUCUCUGCAAGCAAGGAGACUCCAUAAAGGCAUAUGGUGCUGGGCUCCUGUCAUCCUUUGGUGAAUUACAGUAUUGCCUAUCAGGCAAGCCGAAGCUCCUUCCUCUGGAACUGGAGAAGACCGCUGUCCAGGAGUAUACGAUCACAGAGUUCCAGCCUCUUUAUUAUGUGGCUGAGAGUUUUAAUGAUGCCAAGGAGAAAGUGAGGAACUUUGCUGCCACAAUCCCACGGCCCUUCUCAGUUCGUUACGACCCAUACACUCAACGGAUUGAGGUCUUGGACAACACCCAGCAACUUAAGAUUUUGGCUGACUCCAUCAGUAGUGAAGUUGAAAUCCUUUGCAGUGCCCUCCAGAAAUUAAAGUGAAGUCACAGACAGAGCCUAAACUGAGAAUCUCUCGAUGGAAAUCCAACUGCUUCUUUCAUUUCAUCUUAAAAAGUGUAAAAAACAAGUCUUAAUUCAAAAUGAAGCCUUAAAUCCUUUCGAGAGCAAGAUGGUGGGUCAACAAAUAAAAUAAUCUGAAAUGACAGCAUAUUAAUAAUACCCCAAAGCAUAAUGAUGGGUCUUUUGGGGUCAUCUGUGAUUUAGAGAUGAUAAUCUCAUACUCUGAAUUGAAUUAAAAAUCAAUAACCUGUCACACUUCAUCAAAGUUAAUGAAAAUUUGGGACCUGCUUUAUUCAACCUUCCUAAAUACUUUCAUUAUUUGCUGUAGAGAAUUUCUAAAGGGAUAUAUAUCCCUCACUGUGAAACACAAGCCUAUCAGAAUUGAAUUUCUGGAUUUAAUAUAAAUUUUAGCCUACAAAAGUCAUUUUCUGUUUCAGGGAACUACGAUUCUACUUACGGCUUUGUUAUUUUGCCUACGUAGAUUUUCUUUAAUUCAGAAGCCUAUUAAAAUCAAUACAAAUAUUAAAGUUCAUAAUGUACUAUCAAAAUA